AUGGCUUCCGAUGAUGAUAUUCCUAGCUAUGAAAAUAAAACUAUUGAGUUGUCUUAUUUCCCGGAUAUUCAUAGUAUUUUCGAAACAAGCAGCGAUCCUCAAGAAUUGAAAUACUAUUGGAAUGCAUGGAGAAAGAAGAAUCAGAAAUGGUCACUGAAUAAUUUUUUGGUAAUGGUAAAUGUGAUAUUUGGACCAAGAAAUGGCAGAACUAAAUUUCUACACUUCUGUUUUUCCUUUAAAGGAAUUACCGCAUAUGAAUUCUGGAUGCAGGAUUUCAAUAUGACCCAAAUGGAUGCAGUCAUGAUGCAGAUUCAGCCAUUUUACUUGCAGUUACACGGUUUCAUUCGUCAUCAAUUGAAUAAGAAAUACGGAGAUUCUAUUAUCAGUACCAACGGCCCCAUUCCUGAUCAUCUUUUUCAACAGGUAUUGGCUCAAGCUUGGACCAAUGGCAGUGUUCUUGAAGAAAAUUUAACCCACAAAAAUCUUCCAAAAUACAAUGAAAUUCUAACCAAACAUAACUACGAUACAAUGAAGCUCUUUAAAAUGGCUAACAAAUUCUAUGAAUCAAUGGGAUUCGAAGCAAUUCCAGAAAGCUACUGGGGUACAAGACUAAAAAUGAAAUCAGAUGAAGAUGAAGGCGAUUGCAAGGCAACUAUAUUAGCUGGAUCUUCAAAUGUGUAUAUGCAAUAUUGUCAUAAGAUGGAUUUUAGAACAUUCAUGCAGGCACAUGGCUACUUGGCUGAAAUUCACGUUGCUCUUGAAAAACCGAAUCUACCUGCUUACUAUUCUGAUUCAUACGGUAUGGAGUAUGCUAUUGGCGAGGCAGUUAUUUUAUCAGCAUCUACUCCAAAGCAUUUGACUGAUAUUGGAUUGCUUUCUGAUUUUGAAUUUACCGAAGAACUUUUAAUGAACAGACUUAUGAGGCUGAGCAUUCACACUAUGCUUAACAUACCCCACUAUUGGGAACUCAUGGACAAAUAUGUUGGUGUUGGGCCACCAGGUGAUCGUGUUAACAACACUUUUGAUUUCCCCUACUUGGGGUUAAAUGAAAACAUACAAUCAAGAAAAUUCAAUUCCGAAAUAUUGAGCUAUCAAUUCUAUGCAAAAUUGUGUUCGAUAAGUGGGAAAUAUCCGAAGGAUCAUUUGCAGAAAUGUGACUUUUAUGGAAGCAAUGAGGCUGGUGAUGCCUUAAAGAAAAUGAUAAAACUUGGUUCGUCAAAACCUAUCGAAGAUGUAUUGGCAGCAAUUUUACCUGAAGAUCCAAAACUAAAUGCUGAAAGUCUUUUAGAGUAUUAUUCUUUAGCUUUAAAUUGGUUAAGUGUUUACAAUCAAAAAAAUAAUGUCAACAUUGGUUGGAUACAUUCUAAUAGGAAAAUUGGAAGUGUGAAACUACCUUAAGAAGAUUUUAGGCACAAUUGUUUCGACUUUUUCAUUAUAUAAAAAAAUGAAUAACGAGCAUGUUAAUAGGGACAAUCAGGAAUGAAAGACCUAAAAAUAAAAAGUACCCCAUAUAAAAAGCUCAAAGAUUUAA